AUUAAACAUGGGAAGUUGAAAUUGCACUAAAAAGUCAGCAGAAGUAGAAUUGGAAGCACCUCCACAUCAAAAGAGUGACCCUAAGAACAAAUUUAAUAAAGAUAAGAAUUUUGAAAAAGACUUAGCUUCCAAAUAUCAAUUGUUCAAUGAUUGUGACCUCAAUGACCAGUGAAAGAAAACAAUACAGGAGUUAUAUACGACUGCGAGAAGGUGACAGAUCAUUCUCAAGGAGUACCAGUCAUGUCAUUCUGAUUCCUAUCCUCUCAGCCUGCACCAAAUCUCUAAGCUAAUUUCACAAAUUGCUUCUGCAUUUAAAAACAGCCAGUUCUGGACACAGUAUAGGUGAGAACAUAAGGAAGAAGCAAGAGUUAUGAAUGCGUUCAACCAUCUGUGAUCACAAGUCGAUGCACUAGAACAGGAACUAAGCCUUAUAACGAAGUUACUGAGAAUCAGCAAGCAAAGGAGGUUACUCUAAAAGAGGGCCAUAAGGAAAUGGAUAGUGAGCAGGGAACUCGACUGGCGAUCAAAAGCCCCCAAAACAUUCCUUCCACAUCUCUUGAAAGAAGACAAGAAGCUGCCAGUUUAAACUUAGUUCUCACUUUCGAGACUCUUUACAAGUUGAGCUGUAAUGUACUCAGUCAGAAAAUAUAUCACGAUUCAUCUGAAAAUGCCCGUGUCCAUAAUGCUAGGGUUUGGUAUUAUUUGCCCCAAUACCCAGGUCUUUCACUAAAGUUUGAUCAUAGCAAUCACAAAGGCUGUGUCUACUCCAAAAAGGUGCGAAAGGUCACUCUGCCUUGCUUUGAAGGUGUCCUUGUAAUAACAGAUCCUAAAUCCUUGAAGCCAUUCCAUAAAUGUGUGGCCCAUCUCUCGACUUGUAGCAGUUUGGAUAAUCUGAGACUUGCAGCCUUGGAACCAACGGAGAUUGGUCUUUAUUUGCCACAAAUUAUUAAGACAUGUACUCGUGUUCAGAAGAGAGUCUCUAUUGUGGGGUUUAACUUCAAUGAAACCCAAUUUAAAAAGUUCCUCAUGGGGUGUAGACACCAUGAGGAAGUAGACUUUGCAUGGUGCAGAUUUGAUAUUCCAAGAGUGCCUGACUUGAGCACAUGAAUGAAAGGAACCCUCAUUAAGACGAUUUGGUUUUGGGAUUGAGCCUAAUGAGUGGAGAAAAUACCCAGAAAAGCUGGAAAAUUUGAUAAACGGAAU